AUGAUAAGAACGGAAACGAUUGAUUUUCACAAUUAUUUACCCCCCUAUCGCUCUUUAUUAAAUCCAAAUGCUUGGUAUGACUAUAGAACUCAUACACUAAUACCUUUAACUCAAAAUGAUCUAAGUCUACUACGUACAGUUUUCAGAAGUGGCAGUCAAUCAAAAAUAAAGUCAACUUCAACAACUAGGUCAAACAGGGCCUUGACAUCAAAUUCAUUUUUUGCUCAACAGGCACCACAGCAGCAGCAACAACAGCAACAGCAACAACAACAGCAGCAAUUACAACCACUACAGCGGGAUAACAAUAUCUGUUCUUCUUCUUCUUCUUCUUCUUCACCACUAUUACCACCACAGUCUGCUUCAUCAAUAACCUCGAAUGUUUCUUCCCCAUUCGAUGAGGACUCUUUGUACCAUGUCCAAGAACAAGGCCAGGGUCAAGGACAAGGCAAUAAUUCAGCAAAUCUAAAGAUGAAGUACAAAUCACUACUAAAUGAUGUGAGUCGAAGCAUAUCAUUGAGAAUAAGUAAUAGCAAUCUCCUUACAAACCCCUUGCAAUCACACAAUGGCAAUAGUUGCAUCUCACGGUCUAGCACCAUCUUUUCCAAUUCCAGCCUGUCACAUAUAAAGAAUUCAGUUCCAACUAUAUCCAACAUUAAAGACCUACCCUUGGAAAUAUUGGACUACAUAUUUUUCCUAGUUGAUGAAAAGGCUGAUUAUAAGAGUUGCAUGUUCACCAGCAAGCUUUUUUACCACUUGUCGAAACCAUAUUACUAUGAGAAUUUGGCGUUCACAUCUACUUAUAGAUUUGCGCAAUUUGUAACGUAUUUGCGUUUAAACCCGGAGAUUGGACAAUAUAUCAAAUCAAUUGAUUUGUCAGGACUAAAACCAGGUUAUGAUGAAAACUCUGACUUGGACGAGAAUCAGACUGAUGAGAAUGAUGAUGGAAUUGUCACUUUUAAUGCAAACCUGCGCGAGAAUCAAUUGUAUGGUAACAAUACAAAAAUCUUAGCCGGAUGGAGAGAUUGGAAGUUCAAGAAUAACCCAUUGUAUACAGUUCACACAGUGCAAAAUGGCGCAUUAACCAAGAUUUCAUCAAAUUCACAAUUCCUGGUUUUAUCAUCAAAGUCAAAUGCCUCACAAAAGUCAUCAUCAUCGUCUUCUUCUUCGUCGUUGUCAUCCAAAAGAUUUUCAAAGCCUUUUAAGUAUUUCAAAACAAGAAAGAGAAGUAGAUCAUUCAGCGGGUUCAAUGCAAGUAAUAGUUCAAGGAAAACUCCUCGACUUGAAUAUUUGAAAUUACAAGUAAGAGAAGAUACAAAUUCGUGCAAAUUUCUUAAUCCACACCCACUGAUUAACAAAUUCUUGCUAAACUAUGCCAGUUCUAAAGAUGUACCGGUUGGUUAUGUGUUGCACAUGAUCAAUUUAUGCCCCAAUAUAGUAAGCUUGAAUUUGGGUAAUUUAUCUUUAUCAAUUGAUUACGAAAUAUCCAGAAAGUCGGUUUCAAAGUAUCAAAACUUUGACUUGCUAAAUAAUUACCCAAAGGAUCUUCUUUCCAAGAUUGACAGCUGUAUGAAAUUUGAAGGAUUUGAGAAUGCUGCAUUAUUCGAGAAUGGCCAUGGCCCCUUUAAUAAGUAUUCGUGUGAAUACCUGGGUCUCUUUUCGGGUAGUUUGUUUAAGUCAACCGCAUCGAAUGUUUCAACGGCAUCAUCAAUAUACUCAGUGGCUACAUUUUCUAAGCCCAUGAGGAAAUACAACAGUUUGCUUCCACCAUUACCAAACUCGACUAUCACAGAUACCUCCUAUUUAAAGAAAGCGGAUGGAAGAACCUAUCUCUCAGACUUGAGUCUCAAGGCAAUCAAUAAUACGUAUUUGAAAAAGAUUGAUGAACAUGCAAUUUUGUCAGCAAUAACCAAAGUUCAUGGGAAACAGGUUUUGGCUUAUAAUUUGAACCAUGGUGGUCCCUUAUCAUUAAAAGCAGAUAUUGCAGGAAACUUAAAGUACAUCAAUUUGUCUUCAAUGAUUUGGCUUAAUCGUACAAUGGUGGAAAAGUUUCUCAAGAGAUUACUACCAACAAGAUCUGAAGAAUUGGUGCCCUAUGGUUUCUAUGAUGAUGAUUAUUUUUCUCAGGAUGAUGAAGAAGAAGAUUACUCAGACCCCACUUCCGAUACGGAAUCAGUUGAAGAAUCUCAAGACCCUAUACGUUAUAAGCAAAAUUUGAUAAUUGAUUUCACAGAUUCUGGAAUGUACAAGAAUCUUGUAUGGGCACAAAAAAUCGAUUUAGAUACUAUGGAGGGGUGUAAGCUAGCUAGUCAAAUUAUUGGAAAUGAAUUGAGAACUCCACAAGAAGAGUUUAUGAGAAAAGAGAGAAUAAGAAGAGGAAGGAUUGGGGAAAACUAUCUAGCAUGA